UGGCGACAGUCCGACAGUUGAAUUUUACAUUGUACAGAUCUGUGUUGAUGUUAAAUUAUUGAGUUUUCUUGUUGUUAGUUUAUAAUGUAAUACUAUUUUGUUUAUAUAGUUUAUUCUAAUUUGUUUGUGAAGUAUUUAAGUUUGUAUGAAGUGUUGAAACAAAGUUACUUUUGAGGGAUCUUGAGAACGGCACUUCAAAGAACAUCAAAGGGCAGAUGCUAAGUAUUGGAAGUGAAUUGAUGUCGUGUUGUGAGCAGAACUUCAGCAACUCAUCUUUGGUCGACCAGAGUCUACAAUCAGCUGUUGAACUGCAUGAAUCGUUGCAAGUGUGUGUGUCGUCUGCGCCUCACUCAGCACUGUUCUACUUUGGCUUCAACAAGCCGAUUGGUCAACAAUUAAAUCCCAUCUAGGCUAAUCAUAAUGCCCAGCUAUAGACUCUGCUGGGAGAAACACUUACUCGUGGCUCUGCUGCCAUGAGUGUUCCUGUCCGCACCUCAGCAGCAAUCGACAACUCCUUCCACGCAGAAAACUCACAGCGACCCCCUGUCCAACCAGGCGCGGAAACUGUUAGGAGCUGCACAGGGGAGCCAGUGGGGAGUACAUCAGGAUGGGGCUCACAGGGGAGAUUCACUGCCACGCCGAUGGGGAGGAGCUCACCAGUCUCCCUGUCUCUGUCACAUGCUCAUAUUGCAGAGAAGCCAGUCUCGCACCACACACUCGACCAGCGGGAGGCAUGCGAAGGCGGUGCCUGUUCUGGCAGCCGCUCUCCGCCCGCCGGGGGUGGCAGCCGCUCUCCGCCCGGCUACCUGCGGUGGGCUCGUCACCUGCACAUUCUGCUGGCAGAUCCGGACGGCGUGGCGCUGUUCCGACGCCACCUGGAGGCCGAGGAGCUUGCCGACACACUAGACUUCUGGUUUGCCUGCGAGGGUUUAAGAAAACAGACCGACCCGGACAGUGUCACGCGGCUGGUCAAGGUUAUAUACAGGAGGUACUUUCUGAGAACGGAUCUUGGCAUUGGCAGCGAUCUGCGCAAAGAGGUGCACCAGAAGAUCAAGGAGGCGAGUGGUGGCGGAGGUCAGGGCGGUGGUCAGCUGGCGGUGAGUGUGUUCGACCGCGCCCAACAGAAGGUGGAGCGCCUCAUCAACGACACCAUGUACCCCAACUUCCUGCGCUCGGAACUCUAUCUGCAGCAUGUGCAUCACAUGCAGAAUGCGUCAAACACAACAUCGACAGGCUCUGACAGUAGUCUGAGCAGCGGUAGCGGGGGUGGUAGCGGUAGCAACACUAACAGCAGCAGCAGCGGAGGCGGCGUUGUGACCUCGACUGUUGGAGGCGUCACCGGAGGCGGAUACUUGGCAACACUGCACGAGGACUGCGAACUGGAGUCGCCUCGCGUCGCAGCCGAGUCGCCUCGAGUCGCGGCCGAGUCGCAGCUGUCACGCGGCGGUGCGGCCGCGUUGCCGCUCACGCGUGACAUGCUGCUUGCCACGCAGAAGCGACGCGCUAGCGAACUGAGGCCCAAGCCUGAGGCGUAUGCUGGACUGUACUUGCAAUCGCACGGCGUUGGCAAAUCGUUGACACACCAGCCGUCGGGCAGCUGGGUGCACCACUCAUCCUACAACCCGGUCUCCAGGCAGGACUCGGAACUGCAGAGUCUUAGUUCGGACGCCCGCACCGACUCCGAUUGUCUGUCGAUGACUGACACCAGUAGUAUUAGAGAAGGGUCUGGCUCCCAUCACCGCUACUCGAAAAAGCAAUACCAGCUGCACUGUAAACAGGUGAAGGAGAGUGCCAGUCUCAACAGGGAUCCAUAUAUGUAUCACACUGUCAUCCCCAGGACGCAAAGAGUACAAAAAGAACAGACUUAUCCUAUGAAACCAGAUGAGUUUGCUGCCAUUUUGAUUGAAAAAUUGGAAACUCUCAAAAAAGACCAAGAAACAAAUGAGUGUUUGGAUAGGAAGCUUAUGGAAACGGGAGAGCUGACUGACAACGUUGGAUCAAUAGGUCCAACAACUUUAGCCGACGCGAUCCGCGGAAAACUGCGGGUUGAGGACGAUGGUGACGAUCAGGACAUUCUUGGAAUUGAAAUGAUGAGUUGCUCGAGUGGUCCUCCAUCGAUGAUGAGUCCUUUCACGAUGCCAGCGCACAAGUACCAAUCAUCUCAUCAGCGCCAUUCGCAUUCCCAUUCCAGGAAGGAAAAGGAUGUUUUCUCCAACUUCUCAUCAGAUUCUGGCAACGUUCAUGAUUUCGCUGAAGGCUCUGAACAUCGGAUGCAUGUGCCUAAGAGUAAAUCCAUGCCUGAUUACACAGAUGCAUCACAAUCAAGUCACAGACAGAGCGGUUUUAGGGAUUGGAGUGGCAGUGGUAGUGGAAGUGGAGGGGGAAGCAGGAGGUGGAGCAGUAAAAAGACUGAGCUGACCGACAGUGGAGUCAGUGUUGUAUCUGAUACACCAUCCCUGGCCCACACCAACAAAGACAGACGCGUACUGUCGUGGCUGAUGGAAAGCGACAAGCAGCACAUGGUUGGAGGCGGCGGAAACGGAGGCGGUAGCGGAGGCGGCGACCGUGACUCUGUAGCCUCCUCGUCAUCCCGCUCCCACCGCUCCUCCGACCACCACCACCACCUUCCGCUGCCGCGUCCCGCCCCCUCGGCUGGAGGCGGCAGCUCGAGAGGGGCCGGAGGCAGUGGAGGCUCGAGAGGCGGUGGAGGCGGUAGUUUGGGGGCGGCAGCGAUGCCAGCUCAGCCGUUUGUGGCCGAUCCGAGUAUGCCGCCGCUGCCUUCGCCGCACACCCCCGACCAGCUGGAGGAGGCCAGGAGGCGGUUGAUGGAGGAUGAGGGACGGUGUAAGCAGACGAGGCCUAGACGCGUACUGUCGUGGCUGAUGGAAAGCGACAAGCAGCACAUGGUUGGAGGCGGCGGAAACGGAGGCGGUAGCGGAGGCGGCGACCGUGACUCUGUAGCCUCCUCGUCAUCCCGCUCCCACCGCUCCUCCGACCACCACCACCACCUUCCGCUGCCGCGUCCCGCCCCCUCGGCUGGAGGCGGCAGCUCGAGAGGGGCCGGAGGCAGUGGAGGCUCGAGAGGCGGUGGAGGCGGUAGUUUGGGGGCGGCAGCGAUGCCAGCUCAGCCGUUUGUGGCCGAUCCGAGUAUGCCGCCGCUGCCUUCGCCGCACACCCCCGACCAGCUGGAGGAGGCCAGGAGGCGGUUGAUGGAGGAUGAGGGACGGUGUAAGCAGACGAGGCCUAGGUUUGCGAACAAAAGCAUGGACCCCAUGGCCUCUCACUCGCACUCUAGCGGCUCCACCCUGCGACGCAGCGGUGGGGGCAGUGGAGGUGGAAGCGGAGGCGGCAUGAGGCGGAACGGCGGAAGCGGAGGGGCGGAACCGCUCCCGGUGCCCGACACCGCCUGCACUGUGGUCGUGUUCAGUUUUUGCGACGAACAGUUUCCCUACCGCACAAAGAUACCCGGACAUCAUGUCACGCUCAGACAGUUCAAGGAGUAUUUGCCCAAGAAAGGAUUGUACAGGUAUUUCUUCAAAACGGAGUGCGAAGACCUUGACAUGAAGGUGAUCCAGGAGGAGAUAGUUGAUGACAACGAGGUGCUUCCGCUGUGGGAGGGGAAGGUGAUGGCCCAGGUGAAGCCAGUCGAGUAAUAGUGUGAAGCCAGCCCAUCUGACACGUUUUAGUGUGAGUUUCCUGCCAGCAUGUAGUCUUAUUUAUUUAAAACGCCAACUGUAGCAAAUACAGUCGAGAUAGGCCGUCGAAUACAGCUGGAUUCCCACAUAGAUACAGCCCGGGUCCCGUAACUUUGCCUAUCGGCGGAGGCCCACUAGACUACAAUAGCACCCGUUCUAAAACAUUGAAUAUUUUUGAAAAUGCA